GUUCCUUAAAAAUACUAAAUAUGUUUGCUUGUAGCUCUGUUUGUGCUGAAAACGGAGUAAACGGAGGACCUGUAGUUCUUUAAACAGGUUUAGUCAGGCUGCUUCUUCUCUUGGUUCUGUGUAGCUCCAUAAUGACUUGGAUUUGUUUGGAACAACACAGUUCUGUGGCAGUGAUUGCACUCCAAAACAAUGACGUUGUCUAAUUUGAAACUUGAAAAUAUUACUCACCGCAUGAGGGACAUUCUACAAUAAUCUGUCAUUGUCAUGCAAGAAAAUAUAUUCAAAAUACAUAAAAAGUUAAGUCAUGUCCCUAUUUGACUUCAACGCCUUAGAGAUGGCUAAGGGUGUUGUAUUGAAUACUGCAGAAUUGGUGAAGAAAAUUAUACCACAUUAACUCUGUCUUGUAGUUCGGUUGGUCCACAGGUCCACCAUCUGGUUCCUUCUUCUGUUUUCAACAACUGACCACAGCCCCACCACCACCCUCCCCAUCUGUGUGUGUGUGUGUGUGUGCUGACACAGCCAGGUGGCAGGCAGAGGUUUUUGGCCUGGGUCUUUACUGCAGCAUCUACUUCCCCAUCUGUCCCACCCUCGUUUACUGCUGCAUCCUUUGGCCCACCUGUCUGAGUCGUUUGUAUUGCAGCAAACUCCUGAUGGCCCUCGUUCUCCAUCUGCUAACUGUGACUGAGCUCUCUGUCUUGUGUGUCAACACAUGGAGCCUCUGUCCCAGUCUGAUGCCAGCCUCUGUAGAUAAGCCUGAGUUCACAGCAACUGAAAAGUUGACAGUUAACAUCAACAUUUAACAUUUCUCUCUCACGUUUGAUGUGCUCAAAAUUAGAUUUUUAAAUGGGAUGACUCUUAAAUAAUUCUGUCUGGUUUAAGUUGAUGUUUUUAACUUCCUGUAGAAAAUACAGUGCCACUGUAAUAGGACUGAUCUUGUGUUCAUUGGUAUGCGUCUAAUUAUCUAAUAUCAUUGAAUAUUCACACAAUGAAUUUCCAUGGCACUUACUUGGUAAGGUGCAUUAUCAGGUAGGAAAAAAUAUGCUAUAAGCAGUUAAAUAGGCCUAGGCCUAAUUAACAUACAGGACACCAUAAACAUCACAAUGCCAAAUUCCAAUCCAAUAGGCCUACAGUGACAAGACCUGCACAACACAACUCUCUUCCUCAUCCCCAAGACACUUGCUUGGGAACAAAACAUGAAGAAAGCAUAACGUUAAUUUGGCACUUUCAUCUGACUGCUUUGCUCUGGUCUGUGCUGAUCAAUAUGCAGUGCAACUCAUAUCAUUCCUUGUUUUGCAGAGGUAUGCGAACUGCUCCAGACUUGAGCCCAAGGCGCCUGUCCGAUAUUAGCCCACAACUACAGCAGCUGAAGGCCCUCGUUGUUGUCGUCGAUGACGAUACUAAAGAAGAGUUGAAGUCGUCCCGCUCCGUGGAGACAAUCAACAAUACGUCAAUCGAAGAGCGAAUACUUAGAAUUGCUGGCUACUAUGGCUGCAGUGGUGAGGAAGCUUCCAACGACAAAGCCCCUCUGUCCAAGCCUGAUGAGUUUUCCAUGACAAGCAGUGGGUCCCAGGCCGACGUGUCCAAGGCAAGCAGGAGCAGGAAGCUGCGUUGCUAUACGCAAAUCGUCAUGGUGCACCUGCAACAGGCUCUGUGGGGCGUUGCCGUGACAAUGUGCGUGUGCUGGUCAUGGUGCGGCUCCACCCAACUUGCCAAGGUGACCCUCAGGCGUUUGAAUGCCCCCCUGACCAUCACCUGGUUCUCCACCUCCUGGAACUGCCUCCUCUUCCCCCUGUACUACCUUGGCUACUUGUGCUGCAGUGCUGAGAGGCAGAGUCCUCGGCAGAGGUUCAGGGAGUGCUGUCGUUUCCUUGGUGAUGAGGGGCUGACCAAGCGAGUUCUGGUGGGUCGUGUGGUUCCGUUUGGGUUGUUGUGGACUCUCACCUGCUACCUGUACCUGCAAGGACUGCGGAUGAUUCCACCCACUGACGCCUCUGCCCUCUUUUGCUGCUCCAGAGCCUUUGUUUUCCUGCUGUCCUGGGUCGUGUUGCAACAGCGCUUUAUGGGUGUUCGGAUUGUUGCCGCCAUUUUAUCCAUUGCUGGCAUAGUGAUGAUGACAUAUGCAGAUGGUUUCCAUAGCUACUCUGUGUUUGGCAUCUCACUGGUAGUAGCCUCUGCCUCCAUGGCUGCAUUGUACAAGGUUCUGUUUAGACUCUUCCUGGGCAGUGCUAAGCUGGGAGAAGCGGCUCUGUACCUGAGUGUCCUGGGUGGGGCCAACCUGGUGUUUGUUGGUGUGGUCCCCCUCCUCCUGCUGCUGACUGGUGCGGAGGAACUAGGCUCUCUGGGGGACGUGCCCUGGGCCUGUCUCUGUGGGGCUGCCGCUCUGCUACUAGUCUUCAACUUCCUGAUUAACUUUGGCGUGUUGAUAACACUUCCAACUCUGAUCUCUCUGGGGGUUGUGCUCAGUGUACCAGUAAAUGCUGUUAUAGAUCGCUGUGCAAGUGAGGUGCAGUUCAACAGCGUGCGUGUGAUCGCCCUCAGCGUUAUUGGCGUGGGCUUCCUACUGCUGCUGCUGCCUGAGGACUGGGACCAGAGUCUGCUGCAGCUCUGCUCCGCACUGCACCACUACCAGCAGCCCCCAGGGGGCGCCACAGACACAUGCACAGAGACUACACAUGUGCUGAAGAGCUGUCCCUCCAAACCGGCAUCUGGACACUGACUGAACUCUCACCGAGACUAGCCGUUUGUUAAAGCCAUAUAGGGCCAUGCCUGACAAACAUGAAGAAGGGGAUUUCUCACAACACGGGAGUAAGAUGGGACAGAUUACUGGACAAAACAGCUGCUGGACUGCCAUAAUAAGGUUAGCAAGAGAAACACUGUAGGGAGGCAGAAAUGUUAGCUCACUGCAGGGUGGUAGGACUGCCAUGUAAAUAGCUUCAAGUUUGCCUUUUAUCCACUCAAGCUGAGUGGGCAAUGGGUGUGACCUUGGACUAUUCCUGCUGACUGUUUGUUUGAAUGCUUAUGUUUGUUACAUCUGUUGGUAUGAUAACAUGUUUAUAAUCUCAUACAUAUAACCACAAUGAAUUUGAAAAUGUUUAAAGCUUGGCUGCAUUUGUUUGUGCUGGCAACCAGUGUACAAACAUUUUUAAUGGACUAUCCCUCUAAAGUACUGCCUGCAGCUUUGAAAGCACACAUAUAGUCUGUUGAAUGUCUGUGUCGUCUAUGGAGUGUCUCUCUUGACCACCUUGCUCAGAGGUUAAAUGCCUCAGAUUUAAAAGGCAUCGCAGAGUAUAAUAUUCCCAUGGAAUUACAGCUAUGGUUGUAAACCUUUGUAAGGAAUCACAGUAUGUGUAUUAGUGUACAGAAUCAUCUACAGUAUCAUGGUUUACAGCUAUAUGGACAGACUAAAUAAAUAGUCUAUGA